CUUCUACAUCCUGCACCCGAGCAAUAAUCAAACCGCCCUUUUUAAGGUCAUAUUACCGAUCCAAACCGCUAAAAAGACUUAGAUGCACUUGCUCAAGUUCCAAAAGGCGCUAGGUGCUACUUAGGUAGAUCAUGAACAGCGCUAUUGCCUGGCGAUAUGGUGAUAUCUGCGGAAUCGACAAUUGCAGAUCGAGGCUCUGGCACACAGUAGAAGGGCUACAGUACUGUCAAAAUGGCCAUCAGAAAGAGGGCGAGGUCGAAAUUGGCGAAGAUGAGUAUAUUCCCGGAACUCAAGGACGAGCGAUUCACACUGCGCCAACAAGCCAACCGGCAGCUAGAGAAGAAAGAAUCUACUAUGGUCGGAAAGGCUAUGCUCUGUUUCUAAAGUGCUAUCAAAUACAUUUACAGCGGCAAGUGGCAUGGCUCAUUCGAAAUCAGCACGCUCCCGAGAGAUUGGAGAUCAUUGCCAAGGCUAUUUGGGUGCUAUAUCUGGAAGCACGAGGAAUCAACUCUACAGCGAUAGAUUUGGAUGACGACUCUCCUGACGAGGAAGAAGAAAACAGCACAGAUGAUCGAAAUAGUCAAGCAUACCCUUCUUCAUUUUUGCGAAGAUCCUAUGGUCUACCAAAGUGGAAGAUACCUUCGGAAACACAAGCGGGAUCUUCUAGCGAGCAGAUCAAGCUGGACCAUGAUUCUGACGAAGAGAUCAAAAACGACUACCACGACGAAGCAGAAUAUCAGAGCAUAUCAUCGAGUGAUGAAGCCGAAGACGAUUUAGGUGGCAGGCUUGCAAAUCUCUCGCUAUCAGCAUCGCGGUAUACAAAGACAGGAUCCGAGUUUGUCGCUCUCAAAUUGACAGAGAGCGUGAUUAUAUGCUACAUUGCGUGCCGGAUACUCAAAGUGCCGAUAUUUUUGUGCGAUUUAUACAGACUUUCCCGAAGUGGCGAGUUUCCUUAUAUGCGAGCAGCUGGUGGAAUUCCAUAUUCAAUAAGAAGGCAUUUGGAGAGCAGGUAUCUUCGGAUAUUUGAGCCUAUAUCUUACCCAUUACCAGGAAUAUUCUACACGUUUUGUGGAUAUGUUACUGGUCUGCUCUCGACCAGAUGCAAGCUGACUGUACCUCCGAUACCUGCAUGCGGCGUUCUUCUUACUCGAUUUAUUCAUGACCUUCUUUUGCCGCUUGAAAUCUACCAGGCCGUUGCCCAUCUUGAGAAAAUUACGGGCAUAGAGUUUGAGUUCCAGCAAGAGAUUGGAUCGAAAAGAGGGUAUAUCCAUCCGGAGAUCAAAAUUAUGGCGCUGACAAUAGUAGCUACGAAACUCUGCUACGGUAUGGACGGCACAACUCGAACUCCUACGAGUAUCCUGGAGCAAGCGGCUCAAGAAAUUGACUGGAAUCGAUGGAAGAAAGAUAUUAUAUCAACCUGGGUCAAGGAAGACUGGGAGCAUACAGACGAAGUGACAGACAAAAAUACCAGGAUGGGAAAGAUUUCCGAACGCAUGCCAACUCCGAGUGCUCAACAGUUGAAACUUAGCGGUCGGAAGGGAGUAAACGCCAAUCCUGGACCGUUUGAUUACAACUACGAAGAUCCCGCUCUUUGGACUGACGAGCGCACUAAGAGAUUUCUGGAUUUCUACGAGAAGACGUGGGUUAUUCGCGAUGAAGAAGAAGCCAAAGAGUUGCUACCACCACGACAUUUCCUGGAUAUGUUCCCCCUUCAGACGAGCAAUCGAGAACACGAUAGCAAUGACGCAGCGAUUGACGACAGCUUUCAAAUGACCCAAGCCGACAGAGAUUACCAAACCACCAUGCUUGAUGCUAAUGUGUUUGAGGGUACUGACUACGGCUACAACAAUCAAGAGGACAAUACAGAAACAGCGCCCGAGCCAGCAUUAUCGGUAGUGGACAACAAGAUCCGUAAUCUCCAAAGCGGCACAAGACCAAUUAACAUCGCUGCUUCAGAACGACCGGAACAUUCUCUUCUUCCCGGAAACGAAUAUCGAAUACACGGCGUUUAUAGAGAUCUGCCCGACUUUGCUGAAGAUUACGAUGAGCUCACACAGGUGCUUUACGUGGCAGGCGCGAAGAUUACUGGGUGUAGCGUGCACCAACUGAGAAAGGCAAUAUGGAAUAUGGAAAACCUCUGCGUGAACGCCAUGCAGAAACAGUAAGCAACUGGGGCAUAUGGGCUUGCUCGUCUGAAUUUUAGUAUUUUGGAUUAUUUUGUAAUAUAGGAUUAAGGGACUGCAUUCUUUCACCA